AUGGCAGUCGGCGCCGACGAUGUGGCCCGCGGGCAACAGCUGCUCUCAACAACGCUCGACAACCGCGUGGCGGACGUCGCUUACCUCCUUCGUGCUGGCGUGAGCCCGCACUGGCAGUCUUGGCAAAAUGCGACGCCGCUCUUUCUGGCUGCCAUGCUUUGCCACACCGCAAUCGCGCAGCUUCUCGUGCGUGCCAACGCUGAUAUCGACGAGACGCCACUGGCGAGCAUACCGCCGACCGCCUUCUUGUCGCUGACGCAUGAGGGGCGCGAGUCGCUGCGCGCCGACUCGACUGCCAGCGCGCGCUGCGAUGGCCCAACACCGCUCUUUGUCGCUGUGCAGAACGCAGUCGACGUCGACGAAGAACGCAACGCUGAAACGUUGGUCCAUACGGCCUGCGACCUCCAGAAGUACGUCCGCGUCCGUUCGGUGGCAAGUGGAGCAACACGCACGCUGUAG